GAAGAAACGAAUAUCACGUUGAAUACAGUGGAUAGUAUCGAUUCGUUUGUGCACGAGAUUCAGAGUGGUCAUUGGGAUACGGUGCUGAAGGUGAUUCAACCACUGAAAUUACCCGCGAAGAAAUUGAUUGAUCUUUACGAGCAGAUUGUUAUCGAGCUGACAGAACUCCGCGAGAUUGGAUGUGCACGUCUGCUGCUGAGACAAACUGAUCCAAUGCAGUUGCUGAAGAACAUGGAACCUGAGAGGUACGCUCGUUUGGAUAAUCUGUUAGCAAGGUCCUACUUCGAUCCGCGUGAGAUCUAUCCAGAGGGAAGUUCGAAAGAGAAGCGACGUGCAGCAAUCGCACAGUCACUUUCUGCUGAAGUGAAUGUGGUUCCACCGUCCAGAUUGUUGGCCUUAUUAGCGCAAGCGUUGAAGUGGCAACAACAUCAGGGCUUAUUACCACCAGGUCAGUUGGAUGCUUUAUUGCCAGCUCUUUGCUGA